AGACUUUGCGGCUCACGAGCAUAAUUUAAUCGGCGACGAUCUUUCGAGCUUGUGCGCGACGACGGGCGUUGAGCAGCAGCCGUCGUUCGAGCGUCGUUCAGCUGCUGCCUGUCGGAGCGCAUACAGCCGUGCAAUAUUAUAAAGGAUCCAAAAUGUCAGAGGAGGAGGACGAUUACUCUCCUAAGGAGUCCUCUCCCGAGGAGUUCUCUCCUUUCAAGUGUAUCCCAACUGUGCACCCUGCAGAUCCUUUCGAUGCCAAUGCAGAUGCCGCAGUCCUGAGAAAGGCAAUGAAGGGCUUUGGGACGGAUGAGAAAGCCAUCAUCGAUGUUCUCACAAAGCGUGGAAUUGUACAGCGGUUAGAAAUAGCCGAAGCCUACAAAACCAUGUAUGGCAAAGACCUUGUGAGUGAUUUGAAGAGCGAACUAACUGGGAAACUCGAAGAUCUUAUCGUUGCACUCAUGACACCUCUUCAACAUUAUUAUGCCAAAGAAUUGCACGAUGCCAUCGCUGGACUGGGUACCGAUGAAGAAGUGCUGGUUGAAAUUCUCUGUAUUUUAAGCAACUAUGGAAUUAAGACGAUUGCUGCAUUCUAUGAAUAUUUAUACGGAAGGACUUUGGAAAGUGAUCUGAAGGGAGAUACAUCGGGCCACUUUAAACGAUUACUCGUUUCCGUAAUUCAAGGCAACAGAGAUGAGAAUCAAGGCAUCGAUCGUGCCCAGGCAGUUGCAGAUGCUCAGGCUUUAUACAGAGCUGGUGAAAAGCAGUGGGGCACGGAUGAAUCUACGUUCAAUGCCAUUCUUGUUACUCGUAGCACUCAGCAGCUCAGGCAAACAUUUAUUAAAUAUGAAAAGAUUGCUGGACAUGACAUCGAGGUAGCUAUUAAGAAAGAAUUUUCCGGAAGUAUUGAAAAGGGUUUACUUGCAACAGUCAAGUGCGUAAAGUCAAAAAUUGGUUUCUUUGCUGAACGACUUUAUGCCAGUAUGCAUGGUAUUGGCACCAAAGAUCGUACUUUGAUUCGUAUCAUUGUUUCACGCAGUGAAAUUGAUCUUGGAAAUAUUAAAGAAGAGUUUGAAAAACGUUAUGGGAAAUCACUUGAAAGCUGGAUUUCCGGAGAUACAUCUGGAGACUAUAAGAGAGCUCUUUUAUCUCUGGUAUCGUAAAUCAAGAGUGUAGCUUUAAAAUCGAUAUGCUCGAUCGUUAAAAUCGCUAUGUUUUAAAGAAUAUCUGUCGUAUUUGCUUUGUCACGCACUGCGCCAAUUCAAUCAAUUUCUCAGGAAAUAUACUUAUAUUUAUCAAUACCUAAGCAUGCUUAAUGCUCAAUUAUAAUGUGUUCAGCUCGAGUUUAUAAAAAUGUUAUUUUUUUCACAGUAACAAAUCAAAUGAUAUA